ACUCCACAAGAGAUGGAAGACACUGAGCCAUGGUAUUAUCACCAAGUGUAUGCAAGAUACUGGAAGCACUAUGACUUAGCCAUGCGCUGGAUGCGUAGACACCAGAAAGCCUACAGGAAAGCCGUGGAGUCCUUUUAUCACUUACCAUGGCAUCCUUCUGCAGCCUCUCCAAGUACCCGUUACUCAGAUUGGGACGGGAAUGAUCUCCCACGUACCCGCAACUAUUCUUCCAGCUAUAGCCCACAUGGGAGAGCUCAGUACCGUGGCGGAGCUCAGCAGUACACAGAUGCAUACCAAGGGGGGGAGGAUGCUGACAGGGACUCUGAAAUGGAGGAGGGCUCUGAGUCUGAAGGGGAGAUAGAAUAUGACUUGAGUAACAUGGAGAUUACAGAGGAGCUUCGUCAGUUUUUCGCACAGACGGAGCGGCACCGGGAGGAGCUGCGGAGACAGCAGGAGCUGGAAGCUGAGCACCAGUAUGUGGAGGCUGAUCAAGACCUUCACAAGAGGACGGGGCGUUCUGUGCAGCCGCCUGCAGAAAGACCUGGGGAGAGGCGAAUGGCAGAAAUGAAGAAACUGUAUGGUGCUGAAGCUGCCAAAAUCCAGGCAAUGGAGGCUGCCAUGCAGCUGAUCUUUGAUAGAAACUGUGACAAAAAGCAGCCCAAAUACUGGCCCAUUAUUCCCCUUAAGCUCUAAGUACCUGGACUGUGCUCUGACCUGGCACAG